AUGCCUAAAUCUAUACAGCCCGUUCCACUUUCUCGUCCUCCUCAACUGUAUAGCCCUUCUCCGGUUCCUUUACCACCUGUUACAACUGCUUAUAACUCGCCUUUAGAACCCACUUACUCAACUGCGUCAAGAUCUUUUCAAGGACGCAAAGUUCCAACAUUUUUAGAAACUUCAAAUGCUGAUAAUGAUCUGCUUUUCCCACAGCCAAGCAUUACUACUCCAGCAAUACCAUCCUCCCCCGGUCAGGCUUUUCUAAGUCCUGGCCUUGUUUCUCCAAACACUCGUCGUCCUAACCUCGUAGUCGGCAAUUAUUCAAUGUUAGAAUUAUUAGUAGCUAUUUAUGAUGGGAUUAUUUAUUAUAUGCGAGUGUUCUAG